AUGGCCGAGGAGCAAAAGAAGUUGUCCAGGGAAAGCAUUGAUUUGAAUCGAGUACUGGGUUUCAAAGAUAGUGAAGACGAGGUCCCAAGCGGUCCAAAAAAUGAUCCAAAAGAGCCGUCUGAUGCGGCUGAAGAAAAUGUAGAGUUUCACUCUGCAGCACAUGAAUGUGACGAGAAUGGUGAAGAUGGUGUUUCUGGUGAGAAGGAUGCACGUGAUGAAGCUCUUGAUAAUUUAUCCAUUCCCGAAUGGGAGGAAAUGCUUGUUGUGGGAUCUACACUAGACACAAAUCUGGUCCACAUUUUUGGAUAUUAUCUUAAAUAUUCACAUAAAAAAGGUUUCAGUGUUCGGAGGGGGGAUCAGAAAAGGUUUGGUCAAAGAGGUGAUAUCCGAUUAAAACAAUUCAUUUGUUCCAGCAGUGGUUUGACGGAUAUGAAGCGUCAGAAGAGAAGUUUGGGGGUUUACAAGAAAAUGGUUACUAGAACCAAUUGUGCGGCUGAAUUGGUGGUAUCAAGAAAGGAUGAAGGGCCAUUCGUUGUGUCCGUUUUCGAAACAGUGCAUAACCAUGAGUUGAUGGCAACUGACAUGUCGUACAUGCUCAGAUCAAACCGCAAUCUGAACAUUGGUCAUCAGUCUGUUCUGCAAGCUAUGAAAGAGGCUGGUAUUGGUAUUAGUGUUGCUUGCAAGUUCAUGGAAAAGGAAAGUGGUGGUGUACCCAAUGUUGGUUUCACAAGGAAGGAUGCAUAUAAUCACAUUGAUCGUGUGAAGCGGUUAUCCAAAUUGGCAAAUGAGGAUGCUUCGGAUGUGCUUAAAUACUUCGCCAGUAAAUCUAAUGCAGAGCCUUUUUUCUUCUGGAAGCACGAAUGUGAUGAGGAUGGAAGAUUGAUGAAUUUCUUUUUCCGGGAUUCUAGAAGUGCGUUAGACUUUGAAUCAUUUGGUGAUGUUUUAUCUUUAGACACUACAUAUCGCACGAAUCGGUAUAAUCUGAUUUGUGCUCCUUUUGUCGGCAUAAAUCAUCACUCUCAAAAUGUGAUGUUCAGAAUGACCUUUCUCUCUAAUGAAACCACAGAUACAUUGAAGUGGUUGUUGCAGACCUUUCUUGAGUCUAUGCAUGGCAAAGAGCCUGGGUUAAUAUACACUGAUCAGGCAUUGGCUCUGAUGAAGGCCAUUGACGAAACUUUUACGAGUGCAAAGCAUCGCUUGUGCCAAUGGCAUAUCAAUCAGAAUGCACCUGGGCAUUUUGGAAACUUGAAUGGCAACAAGGAGUUCAAAGAAUUGUGGUAUAAAUGCAUGAACGGGGUUGAUACUGAGACGGAGUGGGAGGAGACAUGGAGGCACAUGAUGGAAACCUAUUCACCCCGUAAAGUUCGAUGGUUUUCUGAUAUGUAUUUGCUACGUAAACGGUGGGCAUCGGUUUUCACAAGAAAUAUCUUCUCUGCUGGGCUAUUGGCAACGUCUCGCAGCGAGUCCGCCAACAAAGUGAUGAAGGAGAUUUGUCGUUCGAGCACGUCGUUAUUUGACCUUCUAGUGUGUACACACGUGCACUCUACAAAGCAUUUGAGGAAGAGGUCAAGGCUUCCUUCAAUGUUAUUCUUGGAGAAUUUCCGGGAUAAUUGUAGGAUGUGGGAAUCGGAAGGAAUUUUGUGCAGGCAUAUUGUCAAAGUAUUUUACUUGAAAAACGUUGUCCAAAUUCCAGAUGAUCUCAUUUUGAAGCGAUGGACGAAGGCGGCCAAAUUUGGUGAAUCUUUUCUGCUCAAUGAUUGCCUACACGGUGGCACAAUGAACUAUAUGUUAUUUGUGAAUAAGUGUAUGCGUGAUGUGUAUGAGAUGGCCACAUCAAGUAAGGAUUCAGAAGUGGCUUGUUCAGCGAUACUAGAGCAAUUAGCUAACCUGCGAUUAGAGGUAUCAAAGAUUGUUGGUAGUCCUAUAAAGCCGUGUGAUGGACCAGAGCCCACGAGUGGGAAAGUUUCCAAUAAAAUACAGAAUCCAAAGAAGAUUAGAGGACGAGUUUAUGUAAAGAAGAAACGUUGGCAACCUGAAGGCCGCAAAAAAUGGGGUGUUGAGGGAAGAACAAGUACAGAACCUAAACGAACACUACGGGGGACGAAAACCACGAUUAAUUUCAUGAACAUUGAUGAAGAUGAUUCAGCCGAUUCAGCCGAGGAACAGAUGGUGAAUGCUGGCCUUUGA